ACGAAAAAAAAAAACUAUAUACACAAUCUAACGUAUCUCAUUUUUAGGAAAAAAUUACAAUAAUUAGUGUUUUACUAUUCAAUAGAUGACGAUUGUCUUAUCUUGACUCCAUGAACACCCACCACCAACUUGGUUCCUUUGAAUAUUAAUAAUCUUUAAUCCUUGGUCAGCAUCAAUUCAAGCAGAGCAACCUAAUCUAUCUUCAAUCAUGUCUUCUUCGGAUGAAAUCCAACCACCAUCACAUGGCCACUCACCGUCCACAUCACCUCCGGCACAAUAUUCCACCGGUAUUCCAAUUCCACCCAUAGUCUCUGCCAGCCAAUGGUCUACAGGUCUUUGUGAAUGCGACUCAGAUGUCUUAAAUUGUAAGCUUGUAGCUUAUAGCUAUCAGCUAAAUACUUUGUGUUGCAUUACAUGUUGGUGCCCUUGUAUUCCUUUCGGACAACUUGUUGAGAUAGCAGACAAGGGAAGUCCUUCUAAAAUGCGACAACUAUACUUGUUACCUGAGGAGCCAUGCAAUGAUUGUCUUGUACCUUUUUGUUGUGAGCCAUGUGCAAUGUGUCAAGAGUAUCGUGAGCUAAAAUAUCGUGGAUUUGACAUGUCUCUUGGAUGGCAUGGAAAUACGGAUAGGCAAAAUGGUGGAGUCGUGAUGCCAGAAUUUGCAUUUAUGGAAAUGAAACAUUAAUUAUUAUGAUGUAUGAAAAAGGCUUUGAGAAAAAAGAUUUUAAAAUAUAGUAUCAGAGCGUUGUUGACUUGUUAUGUUGAUGGAAGUAUCGUAAUAAAAAGAACAAAAAAGAAACAUUUACCAAAA